AUGCCCGAAAAAUUGCUCAAGUUUUCCUACGCUACGGUGGUUGAAAUCGCUUCGAAGUCGGGCUCGACCGACCCUCGAACCAUGGUUUCGGCCGAGUUUCGAACCAAAACCGAGGACGGAAAGGAGAAAGUUAAUGUUAUCAAGCAGCCGGCUGAAGAAUUCUUCAAGUUUUUGGAGUCAUUUCACGAAACACUUGAUCAGGCUAACAAUAAAUUGUGA